AUGAGUACCUCAGGAGGUGCCUUGGUACGUUAUGCUGCCCAGAAGCCAGACCUCCCUUUCGAUGACCAUUUGAAGGACGUACUGGUGAUCUCUUCUGACGACGAUCGCGGCGGAGCUCCCAUCCCCAAACGUGCGACGAAGUCGUCUCGCAAGGCACGCAAGAAGGGAAAAGCAGAUGUCGGAUCUUCGACUGCGACCGUCAUUGAGAUUUCUUCCAGUGACGACGGUACCAACAAUCGGUCGACCAGUGGUGCAGCAGAGCUCAUUCAAGCGUCUUACAUCCUCGCCAGCAGUCGAGAACGCCACACCAUGAAGGGCAAGCGGCGCCUGGGAGACGCCAUGGUGCACCUGCAGAUGCCCAGAAGCUCGUCUGCCAGGAGACCGCAUGAAAGAAAUGACGGUGUGCCCGAUCUACUCAUUAACUCGAAUGGCACUGAGGCUUGGAUGCAGCUAGUUUUAGAUCAUUGGAAGGGGAAGGCAGAUAAACAAGAAGCGACGGCGAACGCGGCGAAGGAGCUGGAGCAGUCGAACAUAAAGGCCAUGGAAAUGGAAGGCGCUGCCACUGCAGCUCAGGAAUGUCAGCAAUGGAUGGAGGAAGCUGCUAAACAAGGCGCAGAAUUGAAUGAAGCAUCGGCCUUCGUGAAGAAGUUGAUCGAGAGCAUGACUUGUGCGAUUUGUUCAUCGGUUUAUUCUAGGCCCAUCGUCACACAGUGCGGGCAUGCGUUCUGCUGGUCAUGCCUAUACGACUGGCUUCGGUCGGUAGCACUGCACAACGAGCGUACGUACGGUCAGGAGCCUAGGCAGGAGUACACAUGCCCUCAAUGUCGCACUGUCUUAACUGAAAAACCGUACGAGGACUUGACGCUCAAGGAUAUUGCAUUGCAGGUCGCACUCCUCACGAAUGAGGGUGGUCGUCCCACUGGAGAGCUCCUCGCCGGCGUGUGGGACCAUUUCUUCUGA